AUGGGUCUGGAUUGUACGCCUUGGGGCGGAGCCUCCAAAGAGAGGGGGCGCUGCGUUACCGGCAUACCAUUCCGUGCGAGCUACGGUAACGCUCGUAUCGUACCGAAAUUCGUGCGAACUGCAUUGCAUGAACCGUGCGCGUGUGAGCGUGUGAACACGUGCCGCUGUGUGGCGUGUUGUCGUUCCCGUGUUCCUAAAACCGCCAAGAUUCGGGUGAAGAAUCGUGAGCCGGUGCCGGCGUACGCCAUGGCCGACGCCGACCGUGAUUCGGACCUUGGAGACGAUAGCCCUGUGUCAGCGCGGUCAGAAGGCGACUCAUCCGGCGACCAGUCGUGCGAGAGCUCUGACGAGGGCGUGGGUCGAGACGCAGCUCCCCACCAGCAGCAGGCCCACCAGCCGAUGCUGCAGCCCCACCAGCCUCUCCACAACAUGUCCCACCACGGACCCUUAAACCACCAAAUGAAUAACAUGAACAGCAUCAACAAUAUCAGCAACCAUCCGAUGAAUCACUCACACCAGAGGAAUUCGCCGAGGCCUCUCGAAAGGGAGCUGAAGGUUCGCGAUGACUUCGAGUCACUCAAGACGUCGUUGCAUCCUCACCUGUCAUCCCUGGCUUCGCUUGCCCAAGGGCCACCCCUGUCCACUCCCAGCAGUGUUUUCGCUCUUGCCAGCGGUGGCGCGAACUUCCCCUACGCUCCGCCCGCAUUCUUGGCCCCUGCACCCCCACCCCCAGCUCAACCUGUCGGCUCCGCUUCAUCAUCGUCCUCCGAGGGAAGCGCGGCUGGAUGGAGCUUCGAAGAACAAUACAAGCAGGUCCGUCAGUUAUACGAGAUCAGUGAUGAUCCACAAAGAAAAGAGUUUCUUGAUGACCUGUUCUCCUUCAUGCAAAAGCGAGGAACACCAAUCAAUCGACUGCCAAUAAUGGCGAAGUCUGUGCUAGAUCUAUACGAGUUGUACAACCUUGUGAUAGCUCGAGGUGGCCUCGUGGAGGUCAUCAACAAGAAACUCUGGCAGGAGAUCAUUAAGGGCCUGCGACUUCCUUCCUCCAUCACCUCGGCCGCCUUCACUUUACGCACACAAUACAUGAAAUAUCUGUACGAUUACGAGUGCGAGAAAAAGAACCUGUCAACGAGGAAUGAGCUGGACGCCGCUAUAGAAGGAAACAAGCGUGAGGGGCGUCGUGCUUCUGGGCAAUAUGAUGCGCAGGCUGCUUUGGCCAUGCCUCCUCUAAGCAGAAUGCCAGCGUCCCUCGCGCAGUUGUCACAACAUAUGCAGCCUCUAUCUCUAUCGCUGGGUGGAGGGGUCGCUGGUAUACCCCGUCUUCCACCACUGCCGCCUCACGCUCCGCAUAUAACUCAGCACGAUAUAGAAUACCGCGUGCGAGAGUAUAUGAAGAUGAUUCAGCAACAACGCGAGUUGAUCCGGAAUGGUUCGGAAUCACCCCCAAGUGCCCCAAUGGUAUCUCCUCGAGAUGCAGCGCUCUCAGCCAUCGAUGUAUCCCGCCUUACUCUCUGGUCUUUAUACAACAACAAUAACAACAGCCCUCAACCAGACCUCGAGCCACAACGUCUUUAUCUUUACAGAGAGGCCUUAAACCUAAGCGAAAGUCCAAAUUCAAGCAUAAGCGGUGGUAAAAGGGAAGCGUGUCGUUCUCCGCCUCCACCCGCAAAGCGUCGCACCCCGCGUCCUCCUUCCCCCGCGCCGGUGCCCUCCCCGCAGUUACCCCGCGAGCCUUCACCGCGCACUCAUGCGCACCUUAACGGCAACUCGAACGGGGUGAACGGAGCCGCCUUCAAAAUCACCACAAGGGGUGACGCAAACACUGGUGACCAGCAGCUCGUUGUAUCAAUCGAACUUAAUGGUGUGACGUAUGAGGGCGUUCUGUUCCCAUCACAAAACGGCAACGGUCAGAAUGGUCACAGGCAAAUGGUAUCCUAAGCUCUAUAUAUCCUGUAUCUAAGUAUUAGGAUCACGUUUUAUUGAAUAUAUACGCUGUUUAUGUCCCAAAGUAUUCCAUUAAUCAGUGUUGGAGGAACUUCGAUUGAAGAAGUCCAAAAAAGGGUAGUUUGGAAAUAUUAUUAGAAAAAGGGUCGAAUGAAGUCAUUUUUUAUUACAAAGUAGCAAUGUCUUAAUAUUCAUUUUGAUAAUACCUUGAGAUUUAACAUCUUAGAUAGGUGUUAAUUUACGUCAGUGAAAAUGUUAAGUGGUGGAAUCACAGAUAAAACAUGAAACAACUUUGCGUGUGGUUUGAAAGGCUUGCUAAUAUAUGGUGAUUUCGAAUUCGUAUCGUAAUUUCCACAGUAUAUCUAUAGUAGUAGUUAAUCGCCUCAAUUUUACUACCAGUGAAAUUCGUGAAAAGGUGAAAAAGUUAAAGUGAAAUUACUGAUUUAUGCACAUUAACAUUUUUCACUGACUGACGACAGUGAUUAAAAACAAUAUGAUAUGAAACUUUAAGAUGUUUCUAGUCUGAUAAGUUUGCUUGAUAAUUAAAAAAAAUAUUAAUGGGACUUAAAGUGUAUGAAAGUAUUUGUAUUUAUAUAAACUGAGUUUUCGUUUAUACCGAUCAUCCAAUAUUAUGAGAAAUAUCGUAUGGUAUGGAAUAAAAUUCGCUUAUGUCACUGCCCUGAGAAACGCUACUCUAGCUUCAUAUGUUGUGCACUCUGUACGCCAAAUAGAGGGUUAAUCUGUGAAACGUAUCUGUUUGUCUCCUUCGCUUCGCUUCAGAGUGUAUUGCUGUCUCGCUUGCAUAGAAGCGGUUGGCGCAGAGUAAGAGAGGAAUUAUAAUUUUGAUCAAUGGUGGAUUUUUUUGAUUACUUUUUAUUUGGCCUGCAGAGUUUAAUUAUUGUCUUGUUCUCUAGUGGAUGCUUUGUAUAUUUUAUUAUUUUAAAUAAAUAACGGUCAAAUGACAAUUUUCUGUAAAUAUAGUUUUGGUAUUAACAUUAUGUUACUUAUUUAUAAUUUUUGGUAAGCGUCGAAUGUAGCGCGGCUUGUUUGGUGUUUUUUUAUAUGAUUUUUUUUUAUGUAAAUUUUUGUAAAUAUCUCGUGUAAAUGGUAGUAUCGUUUCUGUACGCCGCAUUGUAUGUUUGUGAUUAUUACGUACCUAUGGAUGGUUCUAGGUGUAUAUUUUAUCAUCUACGACUUUGUCAGUAUUGUAUUUUAGCUAAGGUAUUUAUAGUUCAGUGGAAUUUUAAAAUAAAAACAUUUCGUAUUAUGUAUCUCCUAUAAUAUUUUAACGCGUUUCCAUGAGUCUUUCGGUUGCGUGAUUCGAGUAUUUGCAUCGGUGAAAACUUUGUACUAAACCCUCCCAUGUCAAGUUAGUCACAAGAAAUCUUGUAACUAACUUGACAUGGGAGUUACUACAAAUAACAAAUCCUUACUCGGAAAGUUAACAUAUUAGGUAUUUAGCCGUCAUUGUUUUUCCAGUUAUUGAACUUUUAUUUUUUUAUAUUAUACUACGUAUUAUUUUAUUAUCAUUCCUUGUGUCAAAUUCGGAAUGAGUCAAAUUUCGCCCGUAGUUUUACCGUCGUAACCAGAAACGUUUACGCUUUAGUUGGAGUACGCUUUACUAUUUGUUGAAACCCGUGCCUCUAAUUAUUUGCUUACUUCCGUAGGGCCUUAUUUAAUAAACAUGGCAUUAAGUCGGAAUAGUGGUGUGGCAAACAUCGCAUAACCAUUCCAACGUUAUGCAACGAUUUUUGAUAAGACCCUUUAAGAAAACACGAACUAAUUCCGAUCAUAAAAGAAAAGAUUGCCGCCUUUGCAAAUAUACUUAACACCAACUUGGGUUUUUCACAUUUUUAUACUUGAGUAAUUUAACGAUAUUAUAAUAAAUAGUCUGCUUAAAAAUAGAUAUAAAAGUCGAUCUUUGUAGCUAUCUCGAAUAUAUAUUCUUUGUUAUUUUUUAAAUUGUGUAGGAAGCUUGACGAACUUGAUGUUUUUUUUUAAUCUUACACCCAUCAUCAAAGCUUUCUGCAUAGUUUAAAUCUUGUAAUGGACACCAAUUUUCAUAUUAUAUUAAGAACCCUGAUUGUCUAUGGCAUAGAGUCUAGUAUUAAAAUCGUGUUAUAAUUUGUGACCCGGCUGCUGUUGUCACAGUUUCAAUGCAUAGAUAAUCAGGGCCAAAGAUGUUUGUAAGAAAUCGUUUAGAAUGCACACUACUUAAAAUAAACAUUGUGGUGUGGAAGUAAAUAUGAAGUUUCAAUGGCCAUUUCCUUAGAUAAGGGCUCUGAUUUUCUAGUUUUUUUUAAUCUUAACUACGGAUCAAACGCAUUUGGUGAUGUAAAUUUUCCCAUUUGUUUUGCCUUUUGAUUUUUACGUCAAACAUUGUAAUAAAGAGUGUUUUAUGUUUAAAAUGUAAUGAAAAAUCAGGGCCAAGCUUUAGCUUUUAGGUUUUUUAAUAGUUGAAAAUAAAUAAAAAUAUGUCGUCUAAAAACAUGUUUAGCGGCGAAAAAUUACAAACCUUUUUUAAUUUUUUAUGAAUAGGAAUAGAAAUAUUUAUGUUCUCAGAUUUAUAAUUAGGUACUAUGACCAUUUUCAUGUGGCGCAUCGUAUUGUAUAAGUGCAAUAAGCGGAAUCCAAAAUAAAUGAAAAAAAAUAAAAAUAAUAAUCUCCAAUUUAUUCGAAUCGGACUUAGAAUUAGGAGUAGGUAAUGUAUAAUUAUUAUGAGAUGCUUUGUAAAUGACUGAUUUCAAUAAUUUACGAUUAAUUUAAUGGAUUUAAUUAUAAUGGUUAAUUUUUACAAUUCGAUUUGUAGGAUCGCAAAUCUUAGAGGUAUGUAGCGGUAGCAGACUAUGUCCAGAUAGGGCGAAUUUUUCGCGAAUCCUCCCGCCAUACUGUACCCUGUAUUAAAUAUUAAUAAAUUAAAUAUAAAAUAUUAAAAUUAAAUACUAAAGUAAUUUUCAAUUAUCGAAACACUAUAGUGUCAAAGUAAAAUGAACCUAACUUUAACCAUUUUAAAGUAGAAUUUUCAGUAAUACUUCAUUUUACUUUUCAAUCGUUCCACUAGGAGCGCUUUUUAUAUAAUUGUGAACGAAAUUAUACAAAGUAAUGGAAAUUAGGUCUACUUUGUCCUAACAUUAUAGUUACUUGAAAACGACUUAUGAUUAUGCAACUUGAGUUUCGCAAUUUGAGAUACAUACUUUACUCCACGGUGACGUCACACGUGUACUUUGACAAUGGAAUUACUAUAAAUAUGGAAUACUAAUAAAGCUCAAGAAAAAUGCGUAUAACACUCUUUUUGGACGCAAUUCAGUGGUACACUUUCGCGCGAAAUUCGCCCUUCUGGACAAAGCCUUAGUACAUUCCUAAUAAUGUACAAUAAUAAUUAUUAAAUAAUAAAAAAAAAUCAAACCCGGCCUACUAUUUCGCAUAGACAUCGGCCGGAUGCAUUAACGAUUUUCGUCUUACACCAAAAAUGUUUUGAUGUAUUCAAAUAAUAUACAUGAAUAAAUAAUUAUUAUAAUGACAUAUCAA